AUGCAACGGCAACCUUGCGAAGCCCGGAACGAGCUCGCGCUCGGUGGUUAUUAUGCGUUAACUGCGCAACUCUUUACAGUGCUGGCUGCCGCGGCAAGCGAAUGGGCAAAGUUUUCGCAGCGCACUUCUUCUAGCCUUCCCGCCUCCCGACAUGAAAGCGGACCCGACAUAUUGGGCGACUUCCGGCUCUCUGUCGAUUCCCGAAUACGUCUGGUAUUCCAUCCCUCGUCAGCGCCCGCAUCAUGUCGAGAAAACACCCUCUUUUCACGACAUCUCGGCGGCCGCCUCUCCCUCGCACGCCCAUCACUUUCCUUGCUUCCAACUGCUCGUCAAGGUCGUGUGCUACCUACCACGCGUUAA